AUGACAGUGAAAAACAAAGAUCCAGUUAACUUGGACUCUUUGAGCAUUAGGGGCAAUAACAUCCGAUAUUACAUUCUGCCUGAUUCACUGCCAUUGGAUACACUUUUAGUUGACGAUACGCCAAAAGCCAAAGCAAAAAAGAAAGAAA